AUGUCCGGGUAAUUUUAAUAGUUAAAAAGUGUUAUGAAAAUUGAUAUCAGUAAUAGAGAACAGAGAAUUUGUCUUUAAUUUUAUUUAGUAUUUAAAGUAGCACUCUAGGUUUAUUUAUUAAAUUAGACAAUAAAUCUACUGAAGAAUGGAAUUUUUAGUUAUUAAUACAAAGUUCAUUUCCUUGAAUACUUUAAUUUAAGUUAUAGAUAAUUAAAUAACAAUUAUUUUCAAACUAUUAUUGCUGCACUAGAACAGAAUAUUUGGAUGACAAUCAGACAAUCAAUAUGA